UUGAAACUAGGUGCAAAUAUCGUGUUUCCACAAUGGUUUACCGGGUUAACAGUUACCUUACUGUUGAUGCAGCAAGGUGUGAUCGGCGGUAUGGUAUCGCCUAUGCUAGCAAAACUCACAUCACCGGAUUCACCUAUCCUUCUGAAUUCAGAAGAAGCUUCUUGGCUGGCAUCAUUAGCAAAUAUUGCUCGACUGUUUGGCGCUGUAAUCGGAUCAAUAGCGUGUGCUUAUCUCGGAUCUAAACGAUCCAUCCUCCUCACCUGUUUGCCAAUAUCAGUGGGUUGGUUGGCUACAGCUUUCGCUAAAAAUGUCGAAACACUGUACGCUGCGCGAGUAUCAAAUGGAAUAGGUACUGGUAUGAUGUUCAGUACGUUUCCCUUAUACAUUGGUGAAAUAGCUAUGCCGAGUAUACGUGGUGCACUCAUAUCGUUCGCCUGCUGCGGUUUUCCAAUUGGUCAGAUAGUAGGAAGUUUCGCUACCAGUUAUUUCGAUUUGACAACAUCCUCAUUGAUUUACUUUGGUCUAUGCUCGAUCGUCGUGGCUAUACUUCUAUUGCUACCCGAGUCGCCAUAUUAUUUUAUUAGAGUGUCUAAUCGGAAGGCUGCUAAGAAAUCAAUAAGCUGGUACAGAGCUGACAGUGGAGUUGAAGAGGAGCUAAACGCAGUUGAGAAGUUUGUAGCUACUGAAAGAUCUAUGAGUUUCAUAGAUAAAGUAAAGGAAUUUCGUAAGCCAGUGAUGAGGCAAGCUAUUUAUCAAGUGAUCGUGUUGUUUACAUUUAUGCAAAUUUGUGGCUUGAACAGCAUCAUGUCGUACAUGGAGAUUAUUUUAAGAAAAGCUCAAUGUACAAUCCUCAGCCCUGGAGAAGUUGUUGUCUACGUGAAUAUAUCUGCGACUAUAGCUAAUGUGAUUUCAAUAUUUUUAAUCGACAACUGUGGUCGAAAAUUUUUGUUAAUAUUCUCCAGUGCAGGUUUGACUGUAUCGAUGGUCAGUAUGUCGGUGCAUUUUGCGCUCAUCGAUAACAACGUUAACGUGAUAAAUUUGCAAUGGAUACCCAUAGUAUCCAUGGUACUAUUUAUGGCUUUUUUUUUUCUCGGACUUAUUCCAGUUCCAAGUGCAAUUUUGAGUGAAACUAUACCGUCGAAUAUCAAAUCUGUUGCAUCUGGCAUAGGUAGUUUUACUGCUGGAAUCAUGGCCUUUUUAUCUACUAAAACUUUUCAGCCUAUGGUGGAUGGGAUGGUAACAGUGGUAGACCGAUUUCCAUGAGGAAUGGGGUAAAAUAAUAAGUGAGAGGCUUAUCUUCAUGGUAUAAUGCAACCACACUAGUUGGCGCCGAAGCGUUGUAUUGGGCGGGCUGAAGUGAUUAUGAUUACUGAUACACGUUCGUAGCACCAAUUUCAAACUGCGCCAGCGUAAGGGUCUUACUUGCGUUAACUCACGUAUUUCUGGA